UUCACAUUAACCCCUCUCCUGUCAUCAUGAGGGCUUUUGACUACUGAUACCAAUUAUCGUGGCUGGACCGACCUGUUUACCCACCCCCUGUAGAUCCCGACUCGCCAAAGGACCAUGCCGAACUCUGCAGAAGCUGCAGCAACAGCUGCAGCAGCUCCUCCUAACCGUCGGACUCCACCACCAUCCCGACCUCCUGGCGAGCCAGAAAGAUAUCAAAGCGGAGAUGAAUCUUGGUCUGCCGCUGACAGUGAUAAUGACCGUGCGGCCCAGAAUGAUCCGAGUGCUUCUCGAGCACUGAAGCGCAAGCGCCCCCUCACGGUAUCAUGUGAGCUAUGUAAGCAGAGGAAAGUCAAAUGUGAUCGAGCUCAGCCCAGCUGUGGGUGGUGUGCGCGUAACGGCCAGUUGUGCGAGUACAAGGAACGGAAAAAGCCUGGCCUUCGUGCGGGGUAUGGCAAGGAGCUAGAACAGCGGCUCGACCGCCUUGAGGAAGUUAUUCAGACUCAAGCUCGCCUCAUAGAGAAGCACAUCACUGGGGGUCAACCACGUCUGGGUCAAGAUGCUCCACAUCCCGCACCUUUCUCAUAUAGUUCGCCUUCAGAACCUUCUGCAGCUCAUGGCACCAGUCCCCAGACCACGUUCUACUUCCAGGAGCCAGCAUCAUUUCCGCACCCACCUCGUCAAUCUGAUGCCUCUAUCACUAGUCCCUCAGACAUGUCAGUGCGAAACACAAUACAUAAUCACCUUUCGAACGGCAUUCCUUCCACAACAGCAUUGCCGCACAUCUCUAAUAGUUCAAUGCAUAAUGACUAUACAGGGAACGAAUCUUCUUUGAAAGUUCCGGUGUCGUUGUACAACAGUCAGGAACAGUCGCUAGCAGACCCGGAGCUCGAUCUCCCUCCGUAUGAUCUGCUAUAUGCACUGGUUGAUCUUUAUUUCGAGCACAUCAAUACAUGGUGUCCCAUACUCCAUCGCCGAACUACGCUCGAUACGUUCUUCGGACCCACACCGUUGGAGGAAGCUGACAGGGUGGUACUUUAUGCUAUUGUCGCAACCACACUUCGCUUUUCGAAUGAUAGUCGACUCAACGGCCAGAAUAGGAAGCGAUAUCAUGACUCCUCCAAACAGAAGGUGCUUCUAUAUGGCCUGGAAAAUUCAUCGGUCAAAGCGCUUCAAGCUCUCGUCAUAUUAGCGUUGGACUUGGUAGGCUCGUCUAACGGGCCCCCCGGGUGGAAGUUACUUGCGCUGGUCACGCGAUCCGUGGUCCAACUGGGCCUGGCUGUGGAGUCCAAAUCUUCACUCAUUGCUCCCGUGUACCCCUCAAUCUAUACCCUACGCGCGGUCACUCUUCCGGAUCCCGAUACCUGGAUCGAGGAUGAGAGCAGAAGGAGACUAUUUUGGAUGGUGUACCUCCUAGACCGAUACUCUACUAUCGCUACUGCAUUUGACUUUGCUUUGGAUGACAAGGAUAUAGACCGAAAGCUUCCAUGCAAAGACGAAUACUUUCACAAAAACCAGCCAGUUGAGACUCGGUGGUUUCGUCGCACCAGCGAUCGUGCUGAUUAUAUGAGCCGCGCCGAGAAUGUAGGAACAUUUGGACUCUACGUGGAAAUACUAGGGAUUCUCUCACGAAUCCAUACGUUCCUGAAGAGGCCUGUCGACAUAGGAGCACUUUCCGACGUCGAGGAAUGGCAAGUGAUGUAUCGCAAACUCGACAGUGAACUCACAUCCUGGGAAUUCAAUCUUCCAGCCGAGUAUGCCUAUGAAAACUCGUCCCGCCUUUUCAGUGGACCGAAGCAUACCCGAAGUCUACACUGUGACUGGGUUCAGUUACAUGCUACAUACCAAACCGCUGUGAUUCGACUCCAUUCGUCGGCAGCCUACCCUACCACGCGGUCACCAAUAUUUACUCCAUCAUACAGUGCUAGCCAACGGUGCUUGCUGGCAGUUGACAACAUUCUUUCUGUGACCCGCCAUGUCGUAGACAAUAAUAUGCUAGACAAGAUGGGACCACCCUUUGCGUUUACGCUCUGGGUGUCUGCUCGCCUGCUACUUGUCCAUGGAUCCACCAUCGCCCACAUUGUUAGCCCUGACAUCAUCUUCUUUGUCGACACACUCUCUCAAAUGGGCAAGUACUGGAAGGUGGCAGAGCGCUACAGCUCACUCCUACAGCGUGUACUGGACGAGUAUGGCGAAUAUCAGCAGUCCGGCGCUAACGAGGGUGAGCGCGUCACGCCCUCGUCCGUCAAAAUUCUAGCAGACAUGCGUCGCUGUGCAUUUGAUCUCGACUUUCUUAUCUCACGCCAACCGCGCUCCUCUCCGGGCGGCAGCCAACCACCAGCCCCUGCAGCCGCCCCAGCACGCAAUCUCGCCCCAAAUGAAUUGGAGUAUCUUGACGUAUUUGGCUUUUUCAAUGUUCCACGAGUACCCGCCGGGAGGGGUCCGGAUAUUCUCAACAUGGAUAUGGGUAACUCGGUCAACGAGAUGUCCAUCAACGGUCUUGCCGGCAACGGCAAUGCGACGGACUCGGUCGUGGUUAGCGCCAACACUAACACGAACGAGUUCAACAUCACAAACUACCUGAUACCGACACCAGAGACAGACUGGCUGUUUCGACCGAGUGGAUGAAAGAGCUCUGACGGAGCUUGCUUAUCAAGUCAAAUGAUACUACCACUUGAAGACCACCAACACGGGGAGAGAAACUUAACUCGUACCCACCGAAUGAUCGGAAGACUUCAGCGAAUGCGUGCGAACAAAUCAGUAGCACCGCUCAUGUGGAUUUGACAGGGUGCCACUACUUGCACCACUUCAUACUCUGGCGUGGGAGCGCGCAACAGAGCUCCAGCGCCUCAUACGCUAAUCAUUUCAAAGGGGAGCGGCAGCGCCAUGUAUCUCUCCCGGAAUACGUAAGAGGACAAAGCGGGCCAAAUGAUGUAUGCCAGAGUGACAGGAAAAUUAUUUCUCACAUCGUUAGACAUACGGUGGAAGGCUUUUGGCCAGGGGAUAUCGUCCUGCCACUGACCAAUACAUAAUAGGAAAAUCAUCGCGCGCGGUGUGUAUUUACCGCGGGUGGCAGG